AUGAAGGGACGGUCUCACCGUCUGCAGAGCCAUGACCAGCACGAGGACUGGUUGGAUGGCUCCUGGACGGUUGACUGCAUUUGCGGUGUCAAUUUUGAUGAUGGUGAAGAGAUGGUCAAUUGCGAUGAGUGUGGCUCUUGGGUCCAUACCCGUUGCUCUCGGUUUGUAAAGGGAGAUGACUUGUUCGCUUGUGAUAAGUGCAAGGCCAAGAACAACCACUAUAACGAUACCAAAGAGACGGAGGUUGCUCAGCUGCUGGUUGAAUUGCCCACAAAAACUAUCCGGAUGGAGAGUAGUAUUGCUAAUGGUGCACCAUCUCGCCACCAAUUAAGGCUAUGGACUGAAAUGCCACUGGAGGAGAAAGUCCACGUGCACGGUGCAGGGCAUUCCUGGUGGAGGAAAAAAGAAUAUGUGGCUAUUUGCAAAGAUCAAAGUGGGAAGAAGAAAGCAAGGGUUUUAGACAAAGAGGUCGACUCAAAGAAGAAGGGUCUGCUUUCAAGAACAGUACUAGCAUUUCCAUCCAUCAGCAGUGAUGCCAAAACCUUGGGAACAAACAAAUCCAAAGAUCUACGAUGUCAUGGGGAUGAUGGUCUGGACACUAAGAAUGGGAUUGUGAAGCAACAAAACUCUCAAAAACGUGGAUCUGGCGAUCAUAUUUCAGCGUUCAACAGUGUGGAUGAUUUCAAGGCCAAUGUGGCUUUGAUGGCUCGCUCCAUAAAGACACCAACCGAACAGACUCAAGAAAGAAAAAGAAUAUCUCGGAGUUCAAUCAUAUCCUUGUAGUUCUCUAAAAACUGAUAAAAUGGAUGUGAUAGCCCGGGAAUGUGGCGAUGUUGUGAGAAACCCAGUGCCAGUCAAACAAGAGGCUUUUGUUGGAAGGAACGAAUUUCAGGAGGGCUAUUAAGGACGUGACAAAAUUUUAUAGCCUCUUCAUUCACCAAUUCGGUUGAUAGAGCCGUUCAAAGAGCAGAGGCAAGGGAUCUUCCCCAGUGGUCAUUAGUACCUGUUAAAACUAUAAGCUAAAAACUUGAGUAUUGCUGUAACUUAGAUGCAUGAUUAGUUCAUCUUCCCUUCAGAUAUUAUAAUGUUUAGCUAAGAUGAUGAAAUGAAAUUACCUUGCUGU